GAUCGCUCCAAGCUUCCGUAGCUCAUCCACUCUUGCGAUUUCCUGUCCGACACAAAACCUUUGCGCUGGUCUGUUCCGCGCUGACUCGUCUCCUGUUUCUCGAAUUUCUUCAACACCCAAACACUUCUUCAACUAAGCCGCUACCUAUUUUAUUAAGUAGUAGCCCAUAUUGCUGGCCAAUAUUAUAUCUAGCAAUCUCAACGCUACCCCUCCUCAUCCCUUCUCUCCGCUCAAUAUUUCCUCGUCUUUCUAUCAUAAUGGCUGCUAGAGGCUUGUCCAAGGCUGUCCGGAGCCAAUUGGCCCGUCAAUUGGCUUCUCCCGCCGUCCAGAGACGUUCUUUCGUCGCUGCCGCCAACCUCGUCAGAGCUACUGCCGUUCAGGCCCGCCCUGCCGUCGCCGGUGUUGCUCAGCAGCAGGUUCGUGGUGUCAAGACCAUUGACUUCGCCGGUACACCCGAGGAGGUCUACGAGCGUGCCGACUGGCCCAAGGAGAAGCUUUUGGAAUACUUCAAGAACGAUACACUCGCUCUCAUCGGCUACGGUUCCCAGGGUCACGGCCAGGGUCUUAACCUCCGUGACAACGGACUAAACGUCAUCGUCGGUGUCCGGAAGAACGGCCAGUCCUGGAAGGAUGCGGUACAAGACGGCUGGGUUCCCGGCAAGAACCUUUUCGAAGUCGACGAGGCCAUCACCAAGGGUACCAUCGUCAUGAACCUCCUCAGUGACGCUGCCCAGAGCGAGACCUGGCCCGCCAUCAAGCCCCAAUUGACCAAGGGCAAGACUCUUUACUUCUCCCACGGUUUCUCUCCCGUUUUCAAGGAUGUGACCAAGGUUGACGUCCCCAAGGACAUUGAUGUCAUCCUUGUUGCUCCCAAGGGUUCCGGCCGAACUGUCCGUUCGCUCUUCCGUGAGGGCCGUGGUAUCAACUCCUCUUACGCCGUCUUCCAAGACGUCACUGGCAAGGCUGAGGAGAAGGCCCAGGCCCUCGGUGUUGCUGUCGGCAGUGGAUACCUUUACAAGACUACCUUCGAGAAGGAGGUGUACUCUGACCUCUACGGUGAGCGUGGUUGCCUUAUGGGUGGUAUCCACGGUAUGUUCCUUGCUCAGUACGAGGUUCUCCGUGAGCGUGGCCACAGCCCCAGCGAGGCUUUCAACGAGACCGUUGAGGAGGCUACCCAGAGCUUGUAUCCUCUCAUCGGUGCCAAUGGUAUGGACUGGAUGUACGAGGCUUGCUCGACUACUGCCCGCCGUGGUGCCAUCGACUGGACCCCUCGCUUCAAGGCUGCCCUGAAGCCCGUCUUCAACCAGCUAUACGACUCUGUUAUUGACGGCUCUGAGACCAAGCGAUCGCUCGAGUACAACAGCCAGAAGGACUACAGACAGAAGUUCGAGGCUGAGAUGGAGGAGAUCCGAAACAUGGAGAUCUGGAAGGCUGGCCGUUCCGUCAGAUCCCUCCGACCUGAGAACCAGAAAUAAACUCGGCAACAAAGCGAGCGGCGUUGGGUAUUGGUUGUUUUGGUUAUAAAAUCUUUGGCGGGGUAUACCUCGGAGGUGUUUAGAGAUGGCAAAACUUGUUUGUACUUGUAUUCAGGAUUCCCCAGAUAUCAUAAUCUCUCGCGAGGACCAAAGGGAUUAAGUCCAAAAGUUAUGUCGAGCUAGCUAUGUUAUUCUAUUCAAAAUAUUUUCCCACAUACACCUACCGUUGACGUUCGUCUCGAGUGCGAUUAUCAGAAAUUUGAGCUUGUCUAUCUUGAC